AUGUACGAGCAGAACGUCAACAACAUCAACUUUGACGUUGAGCAGCUCGAGACGGCUUCGGGACAGAGCCUCUACUACAUAGCCUGGAGCAUCUUUCGCCAGCACGGGUUCUUUGAGCAGUUCAAUAUCCCGGAGCCCAUCUUUCUGCGCUGGCUCAAGAAAGUGCAGCACGGGUACCGGGGCACCAACCCGUAUCACAACGCCGUGCAUGCCUCGGAUGUGACGCACUCGAUGCACUUUUUCGUCACCCGCGCCAGAAUAUGGAGUGUCCUCACCCCCGAAGAAAAGCUGGCGUCGAUCAUUGCGCCAAUCAUCCACGACUACAUGCACCCGGGAGUCAACAACGCCUUUCUGAUCACGACCCGCGAUGCGCUGACGAUGCGAUACAACGAUCUUUCUGUCCUCGAGAACUUCCACUGCGCAUCUGUGCUUGAGUUUACACAGGAGGAGCAGUACAACCUCUUUGUCAACAUGACCGUCGACCAGCGGAAGCUCGUUCGCGAGAUGGUGAUAUCGAUGGUGUUAGCCACCGAUAUGGCGGCGCACUUUGAAUGGAUCGGCAAGUUCAAGAACAAAAUGUCUGGAUCUGGGUUCAAUUUUGAAAACAAGGCCGAUCGCAAGAUCAUGUUGAAUAUGGCGAUAAAGUGUGCCGACGUCAACAAUCCGACCAAACCGCUGGAGCAGUCAAAGCGGUGGACCGAGCUGAUCAUGGAGGAGUUCUUCCGUCAGGGCGACAUUGAGCGGUCGCGUGGAAUUCCCAUAUCCAUGUUUAUGAACCGAGAAACGACCGAUAUACCCAAGUGCCAGAUUGGGUUCAUCGACUUUAUUGCACAGCCGCUGUUUGACGCAUGGUACAGCUUCAUGCAGGAAGACAUUCAGAUUCUCAUGGAUAACAUCAAAGGCAACAAAAACUAUUGGAAAAACAAGUCCGAGAAGGUGUCUUUUGGGCCCAUCAAGCCCACGCCAUCCUCAACAGAGAGCCUCAGCAACACUGCAAAGGCGAGUGCGCUAGCUAUUCCUCCUGGGUCAAAUAUCCAGACAAGCGUCUCAACGCAGCAGAUUACCAACACCAAGAGCAGUGACUCACUAGCGCGCUGA